AUGAUUCGAAACGGUUUCCUGGUUUUAUUCUGUCUUCAUCUUUCGACCUUAGUUUCGUCAGUGACAAUUUGUUCCUCAAGUAGCAUUCUAUCGACAUUCACCGACCCAUUAUGUACUUCGUGGUGUAAAGUUCGACUUUGUUCUUCUGGCUCCUGUCGAAGUGUUCUGAGUGGGAAUGAUCCAACUUGUGAAUGUGAAUCUUGCACCUUUGGAAGUUGGUUUGGAGGAUCCAGCGACUCGAAUAGUAAUCAACCAGUAACCGGACAAGUCUAUGCGGCUGGUUCGGGAGGAGAGAUGACCACUCAAAACUAUAGAGAUUCUCAGUAUGGAUACAACAACGGCUAUAAUAAUAAUAAUAAUAAUGGAUACAAUAAUGGGUACGGUAGCAAUGGAUACAACAAUGGAUACAACAACGGCUAUGGUAACAAUGGCUACAAUAACAACAAUCGCGCCCCAGUAACAGCUGGUUACGGUAAUGCCAACGGAAACUUCAAUUCCAAUCAGCAAUACGCCGAUCAACAGUAUUACAACAGAAACAACCAGUAUGGAAGUUCAGUGCCCGCUGGUUACGGUAACGCAGGACAGUCCAACUAUGCUUCCGGUUAUCAAAACUUGAAGAAGAGACGAUAA